CUCUGUAAACUCUGUAUCAUUUCCUCAUAGGCUCAAGCCAGCUUUAUUUUCCUUUCCUCUCCUAUCCUAUAUACUUUUCCCAUAGCGCUUCAUUCAUAAUUUCUAGACUACCCUGUUUCGACAUUUGCCACAAACCAACGCUGCCAUUUGACCUUUGCCUCCAACUUUCUACUUUCUUUAUUACUGCCCCACAAAAACAUUGUCUUGUCUUCAUUAACUAUUUUAGCUUGAACAGUUCAGAGAGUUUGAGAAAAGAGAGAGGGAUGGCCAGAGAGAUGCAAAAGACCAGCAUGUUCAUUGAGCAAAACCCUGGAGAUUAUGAGAAUGGUGAUAUCCAGAAGAACUUGGAUGAUGAUGGUCGAGUCAAGAGAACUGGGACUUGGCUUACUGCAAGUGCUCAUAUUAUUACUGCUGUAAUUGGCUCUGGAGUGCUGUCUCUUGCAUGGGCUAUCGCCCAGUUGGGAUGGGUGGCUGGACCAGCUGUUCUUAUGGCUUUCUCCUUCAUCACCUACUUCACCUCCAGCCUUCUUGCUGAUUGCUAUAGGGCUCCUGACCCUGUCCAUGGAAAGAGAAACUACACCUACAUGGAUGUUGUUAGAGCUUACUUAGGAGGAAGAAAAGUCCAGCUAUGUGGAUUGGCUCAGUAUGGAAAUCUUAUUGGCGUAACCAUUGGUUACACUAUCACAGCAUCAAUUAGCAUGGUGGCCGUCAAAAGGUCAAAUUGCUUCCACAAGCACGGCCAUCAUGUGAAGUGCCAAACCUCAAACUACCCUUUCAUGGUCAUCUUCGCUUGCAUCCAGAUCGUUCUCAGCCAAAUACCAAACUUCCACAAGCUUUCAUGGCUCUCAAUUCUCGCGGCCAUCAUGUCUUUUGCUUAUUCUUCCAUUGGCCUUGGACUCUCCAUAGCCAAAGUUGCAGGUGGGGGACAUGUAAGGACAAGCUUAACUGGAGUGACAGUAGGCGUGGACGUGUCAGGAUCUGAAAAGGUUUGGAGGACAUUCCAAGCUAUCGGGGACAUUGCGUUUGCCUAUGCCUACUCCACCGUCCUCAUUGAGAUUCAGGACACGAUCAAAUCGAGCCCACCAGAGAACAAGUCCAUGAAGAGAGCAACUAGCAUUGGUGUAUCAACAACUACUUUGUUCUAUGUCCUUUGCGGCCUUGUUGGUUAUGCAGCAUUCGGAAACGAUGCACCAGGAAAUUUCCUGACCGGGUUCGGUUUCUAUGAACCCUUUUGGAUGAUUGACUUUGCUAACGUCUGCAUUGCCGUCCAUCUUAUUGGUGCAUACCAGGUUUUCUGCCAACCGGUGUUCGGGUUCGUCGAGGGGUGGUGCGCCAGACACUGGCCCGACAACAAGUUCAUUACAAGUGAACAUGCUGUUGAUGUUCCAUUCUACGGUAUCUACUAUAUCAACUUCUUCAGGUUGGUGUGGAGGACAGCGUUCGUUAUUGUGACCGCCGUGACAGCCAUGAUAUUCCCCUUCUUCAACGACUUCUUAGGUCUUAUCGGAGCAGCCUCGUUUUGGCCACUGACAGUCUACUUCCCCAUCGAGAUGCACAUUGCACAAACGAAAAUGCCCAAGUACUCGUUCAGGUGGAUGUGGCUGAAGAUUCUGAGCUGGGCCUGCUUGAUAGUAUCGCUCAUUGCUGCAGCUGGAUCUAUUCAAGGACUGGCGCAAAGCCUCAAGGCAUACAAGCCCUUUCAGACUCAGGAAUGAUAUUCCUCACCCACAGCCUUACUCUCUCAAAGAUGUAAAAUUUUUCAAUAAGAAAGAAUUUGUGCAAACUGUCAUUUGUUCUGUGUUGCAAAUGCAAAUCUGCUUGUAAUGUGUUCCCUACUGAAAAAGAAUGCUAAGACAAAAUUUCUGCCAUGGUGCUA